AUGCGCACCAUCCAGUUGAUGAAUUCCGAGGCCCAGGCAAACAAUAAGAAGGCAGGACGUGCAGCCAUGCAAUUCGCCGAGGCGCACUCCUUGAUACCUGACGGGCAAUGCGGCUCACGCAAACGUCAUCAAGCAAUUGACCUGGCCUUGUCUAAACGAUUAGUGUGGGAUCUACUGAUCCUUCGACGCCGCGCAGCGGGGUGGAUCUCAAACGAUGCCAAGUCCUGCUUUGACCGUGUUGUCCACUGGGUGGCCAUCGUCACAAUGUUGCGGUUUGGCUUGACAUGGCGUGUCCUAUCAUCGAUGUUCAACAUGCUCUCCUCCGCUACCCACCGGGUUUGCACAGGUUUUGGUGACUCCAAGAGAAGCUUUCGCCCUCCGUCAGCGGUGCCAUUCCAAGGUUGUGGGCAAGGGAAUGGUGCCGGACCCCCAUCUGGAUUUCGGUGA